AUGCUGUAUGUAGCCAGAAACGUGGGCCGAAAAGUUUUAGACUGUGCUGAUUAUAAAACUAGAAAAAUGUCGGUGAGGUAUCUCAGCAAAUUAUUUAAUAAGAAUAAUGUACCAUUAAUUUCUCCAUUGAGGACUCAAAUCACAAGACUAAAGUCAGAUACAGUCAAAGGAGCUGUCAUCGGUAUUGAUUUGGGUACGACCAAUUCAUGUGUAGCUGUAAUGGAAGGAAAACAAGCCAAAGUAAUUGAAAAUUCAGAAGGAUCCAGAACAACGCCAUCAGUUGUUGCCUUUACAAAAGACAAUGAAAGAUUGGUUGGUAUGCCAGCCAAACGACAAGCUGUUACAAAUUCUGCAAAUACAUUUUAUGCAACUAAAAGAUUGAUCGGUAGAAAGUUUGUUGAUGCGGAAGUCAAAAAAGACAUGAAAACUUUGUCUUAUAAAGUAGUUAAAGCAUCGAAUGGUGAUGCUUGGAUACAAGGUAGUGAUGGAAAAGUAUACUCGCCAAGUCAAAUUGGAGCCUUUGUUUUAGUUAAAAUGAAGGAAACAGCGGAAGCUUAUUUAAAUACAACAGUUAAAAACGCUGUCGUAACAGUACCUGCAUAUUUUAAUGAUUCUCAAAGACAGGCUACAAAAGAUGCUGGACAAAUAGCAGGGCUAAACGUUCUAAGAGUUAUUAACGAACCUACAGCUGCAGCUUUAGCUUAUGGAAUGGAUAAAACUGAUGACAAAAUAAUAGCCGUUUACGACCUUGGAGGUGGAACAUUUGAUAUUUCAAUAUUGGAAAUUCAAAAAGGUGUUUUUGAAGUAAAAUCAACAAACGGAGACACAUUCCUCGGUGGUGAAGAUUUUGACAAUGUUUUAUUAAACUAUCUCGUUUCCGAAUUUAAAAAAGAGCAAGGUAUUGACGUAACAAAAGAUCCAAUGGCAGUUCAAAGAUUAAAGGAAGCCGCAGAAAAAGCCAAAAUCGAACUUUCAUCUUCUUUACAAACCGACAUUAAUCUUCCUUAUUUGACGAUGGAUUCUUCAGGACCGAAACACAUGAAUUUGAAAUUGUCUCGAUCAAAAUUUGAAUCUUUGGUCGAAUCGUUAAUUAAGAAAACAAUCAGUCCGUGUCAGAAAGCUUUACAAGAUGCCGAAGUUUCAAAAUCUGAUAUCGGUGAAGUUUUGUUGGUCGGAGGAAUGACUCGUAUGCCUAAGGUUCAAUCCACCGUACAAGAAAUAUUCGGAAGGCAACCGAGUAGAGCCGUUAAUCCAGAUGAAGCUGUUGCUGUCGGUGCAGCCGUUCAGGGUGGUGUUUUAGCCGGUGACGUCACAGAUGUUCUUUUGUUAGAUGUUACUCCAUUAUCGUUAGGUAUCGAAACAUUAGGUGGAGUUUUUACGAGACUGAUAUCAAGAAAUACAACAAUUCCAACCAAGAAAAGUCAAGUGUUUUCAACGGCUGCCGAUGGUCAAACUCAAGUCGAAAUUAAAGUACAUCAAGGAGAAAGAGAAAUGGCUUCUGACAAUAAAUUAUUGGGCCAGUUCACGCUAGUUGGAAUACCUCCUGCUCCGCGAGGAGUACCACAAAUUGAAGUUACAUUUGAUAUUGAUGCCAACGGGAUAGUUCACGUUUCGGCUAAAGAUAAAGGAACAGGAAAAGAACAGCAAAUUGUCAUUCAGUCAUCUGGAGGUCUUAGCAAAGAUGAAAUUGAAAACAUGGUUAAAAAUGCCGAACAGUUUGCGGCACAGGAUAAAGUUAAAAAAGAAAGAGUUGAAACUGUUAAUCAAGCCGAAGGAAUAAUUCACGAUACGGAAUCUAAAAUGGAAGAAUUCAAAGAUCAGUUACCAAAGGAAGAGUGCGAUAAAUUAAGGCAAGAAAUAGCUCAAGUAAGAGAAUUGUUAGAGAAAAAAGACGAAACGGAUCCGGAUGACAUAAGAAAAGCGACAUCGGCGUUGCAACAAGCUUCGUUAAAAUUAUUCGAAAUGGCGUACAAAAAGAUGGCAUCAGAAAGAGAGGGAAGUUCUUCAUCCGCGGGUAGCAGCUCAAAUUCCUCCGACCAAACAUCAGACGAUCAAAAAGAAGAAAAGAAAGAAGAGAAAAAUUAA